GUCACACACACACACUUCUCUCUCACACACACACUCAGAGACAAACCAUUGUGACAAGACCAGGCCAGUGUUACAAACAGGUCCUUUACACUGGAGCAGACGCCACACAUCUAUAGAUCUAGAUUCAGAUUUAUCAUUAUGUGUGAGGCCGACAGCCGCAGACACGCCAAUGUCGCUUCCGGUCCUUUACAGUGCCACCCGCUACGAUUGCAUCCUGGGGAUGAACUCUAUUCGACAUUGCUUCAUUACGUCAGAGCCAACAGUCUGAAUGCUGCUUUUAUCAUGAGCUGUGUCGGGAGUGUUGUUAGCGCCGACCUAAGGAUGGCUAAUGCCGAGGUGAUUCGUCACUUAGAAGGCCAUUAUGAGAUUGUCUCUCUCGUUGGCACCCUAUCCGGAGGAGACGGGGGCCACCUCCACAUCAGUCUUAGCGACGAGCACGGCGAUGUCAUAGGCGGACACGUCAUGGGGAACCUUGUGGUCUACACUACUGCGGAAGUGAUCAUAGGCAAUGUGGAAGGUGUUCAAUUCUCCCGGCCUGAAGAUCCAGAGACGGGUUACGAUGAGUUAAUGAUAGAGAAGGCCGAGGCCAAGCGGUGAUGCAUAUCAUUUCCUUGGAGGGGAAGAUGUAAUAGACAGUCUGGGAUUGUACAAAAGAACUCAGUUUGGAGUAGGCUACUACGCUUUCUCUGACAACUUCAUGAGAGAAUGAUGGAAAAAAAUCAAAAUAAUUUUUAUUAGAAUAUAUUCUCUUUUCUCCGUCAUAACAUAAGGAAGAAUACGAAAAAGAAGAGAUAGAGAGAAAGAGAGGAGAAAUAUACAGGUACAGGGGUAUCGGUUGGAUACAUUGGUUAGAAGAUAAUAUUCACUCAUGCAGCUGUGUGGGCCAGUCAGGAGUGGGGGGGGGGUGAAGAAAAUCUACGACCUACAAAAAUCGUUCACUUUAUAUCCAGUCCAUUUGUACUUGAUGAUGCAGGCUACAAUGUGUAACGUCUAAAGUGAUGUUUUAUGAUAUUAUUAACGUCCUUUUGUUGUAGAAUGAAAGUUUUUUAAAAAAGGUGGAAAAGAGCUUGAAUUGACCACUUAAUAAGCCUCUUUUUAUAAUUCGGUUAGGCUCUGCAAAUGUGUCUAGUUGUAAUAAGUUGUAUAUAUGAUAAAAAAAAAAGGCAGACACGUGAUGUGACUUUUUAAACUUCAACAGCGGCUAGCUUUGUGCUUACUACAAUCUGAACUAGAAAUCUACACUGUAGAUAUGAGAAACUCCAUUGGGUGGUUGGGGCAGACAAGAAUGUAAACUGCUGACGUUAAAGUUUCCCAUCAUGCUUCGCUGCAAAGUUUACAAGUCCACUGUUAAGUUCUGCUAAAUAUUUACGAUUUCCAUUCUGGGGUGACUUCGCUCCUGACAUGCACACAGUAUUUAUCUAUACACAUAAAUCUAAAUAGGGGGCGAGGCUGGACGGAGGAGAAAGGCUCUUAAACCAUCCCCCCCCCCCCUUUCUGCCUCUUAAAAUAUUUGUUGAGCAUAGAAACAAAAAAGCUACCGCAUCAUUGACUCCCUCUAUGAGCCAGUGAGGGGAUAUUCUAAAUAGAGUCAUUGGUGUAUCCGUUGUACAGAACACCACUAUGUAUUUUGAAAAGCAUGUAAUACUAUUUUUUAGCGUGUUUCGGGUGCUCUUUUAGAAUUGAAGAUUAAUAAAAAUAAAAAUCUCUGGGUCAGGAUUUUAAAACUGAUUAUAAAAACAGACACAAAAACUUUGUUAAUCUGGCAAUCAAAUCAUUAAAUACAAUUCAACUAUCUUAUAUAAACAUUUUUAUGUUUUGUUUUGUGUAAUUCACAAAUUUCAUUAUGGAUAAUAAAGAUUAGUAUUCUCCGAGCCCAAACCUUCUUCAGGACUGCUUGGGCUCGGACAGAGUUUGAACAUGGGCCUUUUGUGACGCCAGUUAAGCGCAUGAUUCAAGACCAGGAAGCCAUCAAUGCACAAUCAAAUUUCUAAGCUUAUUACUAGUUGCCUACAGAAUCAAUUAGAAAAAAUGUAGUUGGCAACAGUGAUCUUAAAUACCCUGUACAACAGUCAGUGAUGUAUUGUGUGACUAUGAACAUUUAUAUUUUUUUAAUGAUAUUGUUGUUGCUUCUGUCUAUUGUGCAUUGAAUAAAUCUUUUUCAUCAUUCUA